GUUUUCUGUGAAUUUGGGAGCUGUCAUCUCUGCCCUGAGGAGCAAGGCGCAGCCUGGGCCCCUGCUGAUUGCAGGGUGUGGCUGGAUCCAGAGCUGGCAGGGAUCCUGCUAGUACAAAGGAGCUCAGGAGCAGCAGGAGGCAGGCGGAGCCUGGGUGACUGCGACUCCAGCCAUGGUGCCUGCUUUGCUCUCCCUGAGUCUCUCCCACCUGAGCCUGUGGGCUUUGGGGCUGAUCUUGGCCUUGGGCGUCCUCAAGCUCACUUCCCUGCUGCUGCGGAGGCAGAUGCUGGCCAGGGCUAUGGACAAAUUCCCAGGGCCCCCCACCCACUGGAUUUUCGGGCAUGCCCUUGAGAUCCAGCAGACAGGGAGUCUGGACAAGAUGGUGUCCUGGGCUCAUCAGUUCCCCCAUGCCCACCCACUCUGGUUGGGACCAUUCCUUGGCUUCCUGAACAUCUAUGAGCCUGAAUAUGCCAAAGCUGUGUACAGCCGAGGAGACCCUAAAGCCUCGGAUUUGUACGACUUCUUCCUCCAGUGGAUUGGGAAAGGCUUGCUGGUCCUUCAUGGGCCCAAGUGGUUUCAGCAUCGCAAGCUGCUCACACCUGGCUUCCACCAUGAUGUGCUGAAGCCCUAUGUGGCAGUGAUGGCCAAUUCUGCACGCGUCAUGCUGGACAAGUGGGAGGAAAAGGCUCGAGAGGACAAGAGCUUUGACAUCUAUCAUGACGUGGGCCACAUGGCACUGGAAUUGCUCAUGAAAUGCACCUUUGGCAAAGGAACCAGCGGCCUGAACUACAGCGACAAUGCCUACCACCUGGCGGUCAGAGAUCUCACGCUGCUGAUGCAGCAGCGCCUCAGCUCCUUCCAGUACCACAACGACUUCAUCUACUGGCUUACCCCGCAUGGCCGCCGUUUCCUGCGGGCCUGCCGGGUGGCGCAUGACCACACAGACCAGGUCAUCAGGGAACGGAAGGCAGCCCUGCAGGAUAAGGAAGAGCAGGAGAGGAUCCAGAGCCGGAGGCACCUGGACUUCCUGGACAUUCUCCUGGGAGCCCAGGAUGAAGAUAGGGUCAAACUGUCAGAUGCAGACCUCCGGGCCGAGGUGGACACGUUCAUGUUUGGAGGCCAUGACACCACCACCAGAGGCAUCUCCUGGUUUCUCUACUGCAUGGCCCUGAACCCUGAGCACCAGCAUCGUUGUCGGGAGGAGAUCCGCGAGAUUCUUGGGGACCGGGACUCCAUCCAGGGGGAGGAUCUGGGGAAGAUGACCUACCUGACCAUGUGCAUCAGGGAGAGCUUCCGCCUCUAUCCGCCGGUGCCGCAGGUGUACCGCCAGCUGAGUGAGCCUGUCAGCUUUGUGGAUGGUCGCUCUCUGCCUGCAGGCAGCCUCAUCUCUCUCCAUAUCUACGCCCUUCACAGAAACAGUGCCGUGUGGCCUGACCCGGAGGUCUUCGACCCCCUGCGCUUUUCCUUGGAGAAUAUGGCUGGACGCCACCCCUUUGCCUUCCUUCCCUUCUCUGCUGGGCCCAGGAACUGCAUCGGGCCGUUUGCCAUGAAAGAAAUGAAGGUGGUCGCAGCCCUCAGCUUGCUCCGUUUUGAGUUCGCCCCGGAUCCCUCAAGGCCACCCAUCCCGAUGCCGCAGCUGACCCUGUGCUCCAAGACCGGCAUCCACCUCCGCCUGACGUCGCUGGGCCAGGGCUCUGGGAAGUAGCUCUGCGGAGAGUAGGGCUCCCGACAGCCCGGGCUGUGGCCUCUCCCUGGCAGCUGCCUAAACAAUCACCUCAAGGGCACGGCAAUGGAAACACGUGUCUAUAAAUGCUUAGCAUGCAUGUGUUCCAGAGUGCUUUCAUUCAUUCAGCAAACACGUGGUGAACAUGUA